AUGCCUCAAGUUCUCUUUUGUGUCACCUUGGUAGCUGUUCCUUCUACCUGUCGUUACUACUCUGCAGUCCCACCACCUCCAAACCCAGCCAUAGACAACGCACUCCUUCACACCACUAUACGAAUGCCUAUCUACAAACAAAUUCUUGCUGAAAUACUAACAUCCACUCUCACUUCCCUCAAAACAGUAAUGCAGACCUAG